GCAAGCGCUCCACCACUGAGCCACCUUCCCAGCCCACUUUUGCCCUUUGAACAGUCUACCCUCUGGGUGUUCUGUGACCAGUCCUGGACAGAAAGGUACUGGAGCUUUGUGCCUGUCUCAGAGGAGCUUGCUUCCCCUGGGAGAGGGCGGAGCGGAGAACAGGGUGUCUGGUAGGAAAGUGGUGAGAUGGAGCAGGCCGAAGCAGGGAGGGUUCUGUGGUCAUUGGGUAGGCCGCGCAGACGCCCCGAGGGAGCGCCCCAUGUUCUGUUGUCUUCAUGGGGACCGAGGUUGGCGCAGUGCAUGUCCCGUUCGUUUGGGGAGAGCUAUCGAGUGGGCAGUACCAAGGGCAUCCACGCCCUCACCGUCUUCUGUUCUUGGGACUACAAAGUGACCCAGAAGUGGGCCUCCCGUGUCCAGCAGGACGGCAUUCGGACCCAGCUGAAGGAGCUGCUGGCCGAGUGGCAGCUGCGCAGCAGCCCGCGGAGCGCGUGUGGCAGCGUGCAGCGGGGGCUGGCGCGGGGGCUGGUGUGGCUGCUGUGUCUGGGGACCUCGCUGGGCUGCGCUGUGGCUGUGCUCACCUUCUCAGAGGUCACCAUCCAGAACCCCGGGACAGGCAGCCAGGAGGCACGAUCGCUCGCCCUGCCCCUGGUGGUCAGCCUCCUCAAUCUGGGGGCCCCCUACCUGUUCCGCGGUCUCGCCAGCUUGGAGCAGCACGAGAGCCCCAUACUGGAGGUGUAUGUGGCCAUCUGCAGGAACCUCAUCCUCAAGCUGGCCGUCCUGGCUGUGCUGUGCUACCACUGGCUGGGCCGCAGGGUGGCCGCGCUGCAGGGCCGCUGCUGGGAGGACUUUGUGGGCCAGGAGCUGUACCGCUUCACGGUGAUGGAUUUCUUCUUCACGCUGCUCGACACGCUGUUUGGGGAGCUGGUGUGGAGGUGAGGGCUCCUCCCACCUUGUGUCCUUUCCAGUCCUCUGGGCCCCUGGCUGCGCUGGGUCUCCCCCAACAGCACCUGGGGAGGCCGUAGGAGGCAGGAAGUGCCCUAAUUUUGGAUGGGAAAGAAAAUGAAGUUCCAGCGGAGUGUGUUUAGUCAAGGUCUUAUCUGUAGGAAACCAGAAUGAGUGGGUGGGGCAGGCGCGCUCUGUGUGUGUGUGUGUGUGUGUGU